AUGACAAGAAGGUCCAAUCCAAAUACAACCAUUGAAGAAGAUCUUGACAUUGACCAACUUGAGCGCACACUUAGGCGGCUAAGAAGAGAAAGAAUGAAUCCAGGCGGAGAAGGCGCGCCAAAUAGGCCACACAACCCGCCCGACCAAGAGAGGAGAGCCAAUGAUCCUCCUAAUCCAGCAGAAGCUAGAGCUGACCAGCCAGCACCGGCCAGAGACGUUCCUCCGCCCAAUCCGAACGCGCCCGAUGCAGCUGAGCCGCUACAGCCACCUCUUAACCCGCCGCGACCACCACCGGCGUUUGCAAAUGGACAUCAUCGUCACGGUGACAACCAAGGGAUGCCUCAAGACCAACCUCACGCACCUCCAAGGAGAGUGCCAAACGCGCAGCAUCCAAGGCACCAAACUAUGGGAGACUUUGAUUCGUCCGAUGCUUUCUUUAUGGAUCGGAAUCCAAUCCGACCGCCUCUACCUCCAAGGAACGAUUUUGAGAUCAAACCGCAGAUCAUUGCCUUGGUGAAGCAAAACCAAUUCCAUGGUUUGCCCACUGAGCAUCCUCUUGAUCACGUCGACACCUUUGAGGAGAUAUGUAGCACAACUCGUGUUAAUGGAGUAUCGCCGGAUUACUUCAAGUGCAAGCUAUUCACUUUUUCUCUAAGUGACAAGGCGCUAAGAUGGGUAAAAUCUUUACCACCUCAGUCCAUUACAACAUGGAAUGAAUACAAGGGAGCUUUCUUGAACCAAUUCUACACUAAGCAAAGAUCCAACUCUAUAAGGAGCAAGAUUUCUGGUUUCAAGCAAGAUUCAAUGGAGUCAUUCUAUGAAGCUUUGGAGAGAUUCAAGGAGUACACAAGAAGCUGCCCUAACCAUGGCUUUUCAGAAGGUAACCUUUGGAACAUCUUUUACAAUGGGAUUGAUCAUAAAUACAAGCUUUCUCUCGAUACCGCGAGCAAUGGUAAUUUCAUGACCAAGUCGGUGCCGGAGGCAAAGCUUUUGAUUGAGAAUCUCGCUGCUAGUGAUGCCAAUGCGUGCCCUGACUACAAUAGAAGGCGUGAAGACCACGAGCUCAUCAGAAUCAGCUCAAAUCUCGGAGCUAAGGAACAUGGUCUCACAACUACUUAA